AUGUCCUUGGGAAAUUGCAAGAUCAUUUUCGCCCUCGACUUCCCUGUCAGCAAAGGCAAGAGUUUGCCCCGAGACUGGGAUGAUCAUUGGCAGUUUCCCCACCGCGUCAUCUCAAACUUUGAUCACCCUGGAUCUAUAGCCCGCCAGCAUAGAUCGUAUCACGACCACGAAGCUCCCGGGCAAAAAGUUCCAUCGAGUCUGAAGUAUCCGACCCUGUCGGCAUGGAUGGAAAGACAAGGCACCAAUCAGGCAAGGACCCCAAUGGAAAGAAGUAUGUCUCAUUGGCUCGCCGACCUCCAAAAUUCUGAAUAUGAAGCUUGUCAGGCGAGGAAAUAUGCUUUGGAUGGCGUUGGAUGCAGACCAAAGACUCCACUCAUCAUCCAGCAACUCAUCCGGCUGUUUUUUUGCCUCUCCGUGGCGAUUCUUACUAUCCCUUGA